GUGAAUGACGUGGAGAUAAGUCCUAGUCCAGUCUCUCAGCUGAUCGCUGUCAAAACCCAGUCUUCGAGACCCUUUUCGACGUCUGCAAAUGUCACCUACUACGUAAAAACAGACGGCACAUUAAUCACAUUAUCGCAAUUUCGAAUCGGAAAGAAACAGAAGAAUGUCAUCUGAAAGUGAUGAUGAUUUCCAGUCUGCCGAUGAAGGGUCAGAGCUAGAGGAUUUUCAAAGUCCUCAUCCCCAGCAACCUGCUUUACCCCAGCCAGUGAAGUCUGAAACAACAUAUUCAUCUGCUGAAGAUGAGGAUGAUGGGGAAGAUGAGGAAAUUCCACCACCCAUCAAAUCUGCAGAAAAAGAGUCAUCUUUGGAACCACAUGAUCUUAAGGAUAAGGAUAAGGAAAGUGGUACAUCGGAGGAUACAUCUUUAAUAGGAUCGCUGAGAAAUUUAAGUCUUCAAGUGAAUGAACAAUUGACUCUUGGAAAAAGUUCUUUAAAUACUGUAGAUGAUGAGAGAGAACAUGAGGAAUCAGAUAUGUCCGAUGAUGCAGAACCUCUGGAGUGCAGCUUUGAAACGUUUCCAACAGCUUUAACCAGUAAUAGCACAUAUCAAUCUGAAGACGUUGAAGGGAAAAUUACUGACACUCAUGUUGAAGAUGGUGGAGAUCAAGCAGAGGAUCAGAUGACUAAUGCAAAGAGAACUACUGAGCCAUUAAGUGCCUUAGAUACAUUUAAAGAAACAACAGAAAAUACAGAAGUGACAAAGGAUUUCAAGGAAAUUCAAAAUAAGAAAUGUUUGCAAGAACUUAAAAACGAACAAUCGGUGACAGUAAAGGAGUCAGUUCAUGUUGUAGAAAAAGUAGUAGAUGUGAAGUCUGAAGUUUCUGUGAGUGAAUCUAAAGAGCUUGUCAGAUCUGAAAGUCUGGAGGCAGUUUCAUCAGAGAAUGUUGACGAGAAAAAUAAAUCUGAUGAAUCACAGCCUGCAUCUCAAAAAUCUAAACCUAUUAGAGAGUCAAAAAUUGGCUUGAAAAAACCCAGAGAAAAGUUGGGAGAGCGACUAGGUGCCCGAAAGUUAGGUUCAAGAAUAGAAAAGAAGCCAAUGGAAGGUUUGGGCUGUGAAACUAUCAAGCAAGUAGACCCAUUUAGUGAUGGGAAGUCUGUCACUCAUUCAGGCCCUGAAGAGGUCAACGUCUCUUGUAAAAUUGAAAAGUCAGAGGAUAGUUUAUGGGAACAAGAAGGCAGGUGGCAGCAAGCACAAAAGCCUAGUGAUAGUCAGAAUCAGAAAGUGGAUGAAAGUAAAGAAAAUGGCAGUGAUUGGGGCAGCUCUUGGGGUAACUGGGGGACAACCCUGAUCAGUGCAGCUUCCACGUUAUCUCAGGAAGUUGGCCGGGGGGUUGGUACUCUUAUGGAUACUGUUGAAGGUAGUUUGGGAGUUCCAGACCCGGAGACACUGGCAAAAGAAGUAGCUGAACGAGAGAAAGAGUACAAGUCACAUGUGAAGGUACAAGAACAAACCAGAGACAAAAAUGAAAAUGAUUCAGUAGAUGAAACAAACAAAAGUAGAGAUAAAAACACUGAUGAGGGGAAUACCAGGACAGAUUUUGGCCUGGUUGGGUUUUCUUCCCUUGGGUCAUUAGUAUCGGGAGUCUCAGGUGUUUUUGAAACUGCCAGCAACAAGGUCUUGAUGGGAGGUUUGGAUACCUUGGAGGUGAUUGGACGUAAAGCAAUGGAUGUCAUUCAAGAAGGUGAUCCUGGAUUGAGAAAGAAAAGAGCCUUCCUUGCAAAUGCAAAACCUAAUUUAUCAGCGGCCUUACAGGAGGCCCGGCAUCGAGCAGCAGAAGAAGAAAAACACCAACAGGAAGGAGGCUAUGGAAAAGAUGGCAAGAUUUCACAACAUAAAGCUACUUUUGACCAAGCUUGGGAAACCACUGAAGGCUGUGUUCAUAUUGAAGCACUUUCUUUAGUAGCAAGACAGUGCGAAUCCAAAAUGUCAUCCAUGUUGCAGAGUAUGCCUCACUAUCUCACAGAAAGAAUCCAGUCUGCAAAUGCUGAUAUUAGGAAUGCAUGUGAACUAGAAGAGGAAUGUACGCUGGAAGAUGAUUUCAUUUCCCGUGUAGAAGAUAUCAUGCCCCUGACAGGUUUGCCAGUUCAGCCGCAAAAAAUUUGUAAUGCAUGGAGGUCUCUUGAGGAAACUGUGUCGUUAAUUAAGGAAGCUGAUGUUGUUGAUGGACCAACAGCUGAGCAAGAACUGUUUAUGGCUUUGGCAGCUCUUGUGGCGCAGCUUGCUGCUGUUCUCCAUAAAGGAGCUGAAUUGGCUCUUAUCACUCCAGGAGCAGAUCCUAUCAAUGUUGCAUCGCAGUUCAAAGAACUCAGCAGUGCCAUGUGUGGUGGGAUAGAAAAUACAGCAGAUAAUGUUUGUGGUAUAAUCACUACAGGAACCUCUGCUGCUGAUCCACAGAUCAAUAACACUAUUACCAACAUUUAUUUACAAUCAGCAAAUGGUAACAGCUAUAUACGACAGUGCAUGACACAUCUAACUUCAGUGUUGCAGUACUCCAACACAAAGCAAAUGGCAGCUGAUUUGUAGGAACUUAUGUUACUGGAAAGUUUUUUCUGAAAUUCUUUAAAUGUCCAUUUUCUGUAUUAAUGACUGUGAAUUGUUAUACUUAAAAGUAUUGUGGCCUCGUCACUGGGGAAAAAGGAUGAUAUUGAUGAAAGUAUUAUAUUUAAAGGAAGUGAGCUUUGAAUAUGAGGAAAAAAUGUGGAAUAUGUUGAACAUUUUAUUGUUUCAGAAAAAGUGAAGAGGAAAUUUAAAAUACUGAAGAUUUAUCAUGAUUAUUGCAUUAUAAUUUUGGACAAGAAGAAAUAACUGGCAUCCAUGUCACACAAACAUAAUAUAGUUUCAACUUCCUGGAGAGAGAAUUUUUAUUUAGAUCACAAGUUGAUGGCAAAUGGUGUGACAUACAUAAUUUUGAUACGAGGAAAGUGUCCAUGUGACGUUCAUACAUGUUGCUCUUGGUUGAAUGGAAUGUACACUACCUGCCCUCCUUUCCUUUGUCUUCAAGUUGUUAAAGUUAGGCAUAAGCUCUUGUCAGUAGGUAUUUUUUUAUUUACUUUUGAGUAGCACAAACCGAGUUAGUUUGCUUCUGAUAAUUUAACUGUUUCCUGCCAUAGUUUAAAAUUUAUUUGUUUAUGCAACAGGCCUAAAGGGAAAUCAUAAAAGAGGAUACAGAAAAACUCAAGAGGAGUAACUAAUAUGCACUAUACGUACAGGAUAUGGCAAUUACAUUAGUGUAUGUGCCCUGGCUGUAUCAUAUACAGCCUGUCAAAUGUAAAUAUCAAUAUCACACUUACCUCUUUUCUUCAGGUACAUCUACCUAUAGCAUUCAUUUCCAGUGCAAUUAUUAUUGUUGUAAGGCUACAAUACUGUAGCUCUUAGCAAAAAAAAAAACUCACUUUGCUGUUCUUGUUUACAUUUGUAUAUUGAGUAAUUUAGCCUUUUGUGGUUCUUAAUGUCAUCUUCCAUUUUUUAUCAGUUUAAAAGAUAUGAGCCAUUCUGUUGCCUCCUGGAUGACUUACAGGCAUAGCCAAUUCCAUGUCAAAUAUUAGCUGGUAAAAGUUGCAGUUGAGAAGACAUUCUGGUGAUUAUAUUAGGGUUUAGAGCCACUGCAUAAGCUCCCAUUUUGUCUUAUUUUAUGUCAGGUUCUGUGGCCUUUGUCAUUACUCUUGACCUUUUUUUGUAUAAAGUUGCUAUAAAUAUUUUCAUUAUGCCAAGAACAUCUGUGUGCCUCUGAAUAUUUUUUAGUCUUCAUACAAUCUGCCAUGUCUUUCCUAAGCCAACACAAAUGGCUGGAAGUAGGUUACAGUACCUGCCUUUUGCUCUACUAAUGUCUGUUGGCUUAGUUUUUUCCAUUUGGCUCUGUAGUGGUGAUUCAAAAGUUUCUUUUCUCAAGUCUAGGUCAUAAUGCUUGCUGAAACCAUCCUCAAUGUAGGUGCAGAGUUGACAGAAUGAACUGCCUUACAUACUUGUUAUGGUCUUAUCUUUAACAGAUAGUAUGCACUGUAAUAUGAUAAAUUCUAUCCUCUGGACUUCUGACAGUGUCUGUUUCCCACAUGCUAAACAUGCUCAUUCCAGACUGUUAAUUUUGGUGUAAUCUUGAGCUUGUUUAAUUAAUAAGUUUUAAGUCUAGAACUUGCUUUAGCUUCUUCAGCUUCCUGAACUUUAACAGCUUUUUGCUUUUCCCAAACCAGUGGAGAAUGUUUUAACUGUUGUUGAAUGUUAGAAGUGAUUUAGCCAUGAAGAUGGGGAUAAGAUAACUGUUAUAUAGUGCCAGGCAGAAGUGGUGUACUAAGCCUAAAAUAAGGCACUUCCUUGGUUCAUAUUCAAAUGGAAGCUAUAGUUAUGGAAUAUGUACUCUCGUUCUCUUGGUGGAGGCUUCUGUGACUACAAAAUAUGUCCUCUGAUGUGUUCAUACUUCAGUAUGUUAGCAGUACUCAGAAAAGUUUAUCUCUAGAGACCAUGGGUCAACUCCUCUAAGUAGGUGGGAAGUUAUGGGAAAUUGGGGAGAAACUCGAGGAAAUGGAGCAUACACCAUUUCCAUACAUAUUUUAAACAUGGCAAAAAACUUCCAUUAGAAACACAUUUACUUUGUAAUUAGGGAUCAUAGUUUGGUAUAGUACUGUAGGAAGAAAGGUAAAUCAAUUGCAUAUUUAUGUAAAUUAUAAAGAUCACUGAUAUCAAGACAAUAACCCAAGAAGUUAAAAAUGCAUCCUAGGCAGCUGAAUAGACAGUGAAACAGCACUUUUCAGUAUAUUACUAUGCAGUCUAUAAAUUGCCAAUAGUUUCAUUGCAGUUAUCAGACAUAUCCGUGAAAAGGGAAGAAGUAUGCAUAGGGAUAUACCAUACAGACAGUAAAGUUUGAAAUAACUUUUUUUGAUCAAGAACCAAAGCUUUAGUAAUUAUUUUUUGUUAAAAUUAUAAAUUUUACCCAUUGAAACAGUUAUCACAUCAUUUAAACUGUAUUUUAUGUUUAUUACAGAAUCAACAUUGGUCUUAUAAAUACAUAGAAAUUACACCAUAGCGCAGUAGUAUUGUGAAAAUUGUAUAAAUCUAAGCACUGAUUUCUUUUUGACGAUUUUUUUAUGGAUAGAAAUUUUAAAAUUAAAUUUCACUGCUAUCAAGAAACAGUCACACUAGCUGAAAUGCUUUUUGUUUAGCUGCUUGACUGAGCAAAGUCGAUAACAUUGAUUGUGGUUAGUUCAGUACUUGGAAGGGUGACCACCAUAGUUAGCACCUGUGACCAUACUUAGAUCACAGAAAUGAUCAAAUGGUGUCAUUCUGUGCUUUAGAGUGAAAGGCUCACCACUUCUGAAGUCUCCCUCUAUGAUCAUGCCAUCCUAAAACAGGAUACAAAGCGACUGAAACUCUUAAUGUGUAAAAUAAUAAACAAUUUGAAUUAUGCAACAGACCUUAAGUCUGGUGUUCCUGGCUGUGAGUAACAAGGAUCAGAUGCGAGAGGAAUAAGUGUGCGUGCAUUUAGAACUCCCAUAUACAUUACUUGAGAUUUCCAUUUGGAUUACCUCUAUAAUAUCUUAUGUAGUAGAUAAAUCAAAGCUAGCCUGAGGUUUUGGUUUGUCAUACUGUACCUAUAUUUUAGUUUUACUAUGGCAAGUUUCAUAAAUUUUUAUACACAUUACUGUACUAGAUUUGUCAUUCUACACAGACCUUUACAGCUUACAUUAUAUAUUUUCUUAAUGCAUGAAACUAAGAAGAAACGGUCAAUACAUCCAAUUUAAACAUUCUUCAAUGUUAACAGCUACCAAAGAAGUUAGUGGAAGGUACUGAAACCAUAUUGUGAUAUUUUAAUCUUAUCUCCUAUGAAAGAGGUUGUACUAUAAGCCAGUACAUAGUAUACAUUUAGCACUGCUGUAGUUUAGCAAUAUUAAUCGAAGCACGAGCAUACCUUUCACUGCCUUAAAAACACAGUACCUUGCACAACUUGUUGGUACUACUUUAUUUUUGUUUCUAUUAUGUAGUAAGAACCAUACAUUAUUUGCCUUUUUUAUAGGAGAGUAAGGAAAAUGUGAAUAUUUUUCUCUAUAUUUUUAAGACUUUUUCAUUAGUAUUAGGAUAUGGUUUUAAAGAAGGUAGAAAAUACAGGAAAUUAUGCAUUUUGAUAUUAGUAGAGUGGAUGAUUAAUAAUUUUACUCAUAAGAAUAAAGUAAUUAAAGAAUUACAGUAAUAGUAUUGUACUUCCUAUGUUAACAUUAGCUCACAAUAAACUGCGAGAAUAUGUUUACUUGUGGCUAAAUCUUUGUUUUUAAUGCUCUCUAUUGUAAGUUUUUAAUUAAAGUCUUCAUGAAGUUUCUCUUGCCCAAACUAAAACUUGAAAUAAAUAGGUGUAGAAAAGGGAAACUCACUUGAAUUUUAUAAAUAUUAUAAGAGGGCUAAUUUUCUUUCGUACUUGGCACUAUUUUGGUUUAAAGUUCAUGGUUUUCUAUAGGGAAUUGUUAAUAAAAUGCAGUAAACAAUAGAAAUUUUGUUGGUAUGUUCGACCCCCGGUAUUCAUGGGGAUGUGCAAAUACUUAAAAAAAAACCUCUAAAAAUGCUUAUUCCUGUGUAUUUUAAUGGUAUUAUCUCAAAAAGUGCAUUUAGUCAUGAAAAUGAUAGGAAAAUACAGUAAUUAGUGAAUAUUUCUGUGAAAAAUACCACAAAUAGGUGAAUUCUUUGCAAAAAAGGUGUACUAUAUAUAUGUUCCAUACAGAAAGCCACGAAUCGGUGAGUCUGCGAAUCUGGAACCGGGAAUAGGCGUGGGUCAGCUGUAUGUAAAUUCUUAUUGUGUUUUGUCCAAAUCAGGAAUAAUUAUGAAAUAUCUAGCUUGUGAAAGGCUCGGUGCAGUGUAGCUUGUCAUGAAGAUUUGAAAAUUGUUGAAGGUCCUGUAUCAGAUUAUUGGAUGGCAAGUUCCGGCUUCUAAGCUGGAAUACUGAGAAUUUUCAUCGUCGUCAUCACCAUUGUCUUCCAUCUUCUCUUAACAAUAGCAGUUAGAGCAAUGAUGAUGAUGUUCAUGUGGAGUACAGGCAGUCCUCGGUUCAUGGCGAUCCUGUUUUAUGGCGCUAGAGAAGCGCUGCCAUAAAAUCCGAGAUUUAUGGUGCCAUAACUGGGCUGAGUUUCGGUUAUCGGCGUCAUAAGGUGCCGACAAUGGAGUGGUAUGGGGCCAUAGCAUAACUAACAGAAGCGCCAUUAAUGGAAUUUGUCCCCAUAAGACCCAUAAAUCGCCGAGAACAGAACCCUCGCCGAUAACCGAGGACUGCCUGCACAUUGUAUCAUUAUAACGUUAUUACUGUUAAUUUCCAGUGUUAAUGUUACCAUAUCAGCAUUACUAUUAAUAAUAGUGGUAUAAAUCUAUUAAAAAAUAAUAAUGAAGAUUUCUACUAGAUGAAAUUUCCUAGCAUAAUGUUUCAGUCUUAAUCUCAUAACCAAUGCCAAACCUAGUAUUGAUGCCUUGGCUAGAUAAUGUUGUUAGUGGUGGAAUAACAGUCAUAAUAAUUUAAUCUGUUUUGUUCAUUUGAUGUACAACGAAGUAGAAUAUUAAUCUCCUAAAUUUGAUUAGAGGGUAGAUGUUACUGCAGAUAAAUGCAUGUUUUUAUUAGGCAUAUAAAGUGUACUGUAUUUGUUUUACCUUAUAAAAACAGGAAAUAGCUGCUUUUUUGAAAUUUGUAAAUACUAAAGAUUAUUACAUUCGAUAAAUAUGUAAAUUGAAUAUUUUAUAUAUUAUGGUAA